UGUCGACUGCGGUGGAAUGCAGAAAAGUCACGCCGGCAGGCGAGAGCCUAGCUGGACGUAAGGGGACGCGGAAGGAUGUUUGGUCGGUUGAGCUCGCUUGCACGCAUGUUCACGAGUCACAACCGAAGCCGGUCGUUCGAGGGCUUGCUGAGCGAGUGAUAGCACACCGUCACUCCCCCAGCGACCGCACUGUAUUGUUCACCUUGUACUUUGACCCCUGCCCACCGCGCUGCUCCAGCCUCUAUCGGUGGGAUCGAUGGCAUCGAUUGUCCCGGAGGUUAAUGGCGUCAAGGAAAUGAAAGUCAGCCACGCUGGUAUGUUUUUAAUACAAAACCCAGAAGGAGACCACUUGCUAGUCUUCAAUCGUCGUUGGGAGUCAUUACAGAGGCCCAUCCGUGAUUGCCAAAUUGCAUUGAUAAAAGAGGACAUUUGCAUGAGCUCUUGUAUGCUGCUUUUACAUUUCACACUGACUCCCAUUGUAUCCGGGGCUCUUUUGUUCACGGCAAUAACAAGGAAACAGUGAUUCUUUCAAGAAGUGACUGCUGCAUGAUUCGUCUCUCACCCACCCACAACCCUCGCAGCUGUCAAUGAUGCUGUGAAGAGUAAACAGAUACAGAUUAUUCAUUCCUGUUUGGUCGCGGGCAUGCCAGAGCCUAUCCCAGCUGACUACGGGUGAAAGACUGACUACACCCUGAACUGACGAGUCAGUCACAGGGCAACACGGACAACCAUUCGCACUCACAUUCACACCGCCACUGAGUGGGAACUGAACCCACGCUGCCUGCACUAGAGUCACGUGUUGCUUGUGCCCCCAAAAUGCCUCAGGUGGAGUUCAGCCUCGCAUGCAAUGACCUGGUGGCCCCAGGCCGAGACGGGACGCCCAAUACGGUGGUCCACGUGGCUGUGGUGGACCCUCAUAAGGAUCACCUGGUCUCCCAUUCCUGCACAGAGAUAAUUGAGGCAAAUAAAGAUCCGUGCUUUCUGUCCGGGGUCACCUUCCCCUCGGACUGUACCGCCACGUCAGAGACGCUCGUCAAGCUGACAGUGUAUGAUGUAAAGGACAAACACCAGGAAGUCGGCAGCUUCCUGGGCAGUGCCACAUUUUCGGUGGCCGAUCUGCUUCGGGCCAAAGAUGAACGAUUGUCCUUGAAUCUCAGGUCGUCUGAUGGUGGCUGUGCAGCCGGAACAGUGGUGGUGAGUCGACUUAAGAUGGGCGAGAUGGAAGAAGCGGAGAAUAUCACCACCGACGUACCGUCCCAGAAGUGUCCCUUAGUGUGCGAGUCUGCAUCGCACAGCUGUGUGGACAGAGACCACCUCCUGACAGGACCAGUGUUCACCAACCCGGUAUGCAAAGUGUACAGGUUCCAAACAGUGGACAGCAAGUGGAUGCUGGUGCGUGAGCAAAUGGAGGAGUGCACAUUGUCCUUCAGCAUUCCGAAGCAACUGCUCUCGCUCUACAUGCAAGAGGACAUGAGCAGGGUGCAGGAUCUGAAGGAGCUGGGGGAACUUUCUCCACACUGGGACAACUUACGGAAGGAGGUGAUAACACGAUACGGCGACAUCAUCAGCUCCUACCAGGAGACGCUUGCUGAAAUGGAGAAAAUUACUGGCCCGUCCUUCAAGCCAAGUUGCUGCAAAGCCCAGAAAUCCCUGGAAUUCCUCCCAAUCAACCUGCACACUCAGAGGAUGAGGGUGACGUGCCCCAGAAAGACAGACGCGUCGUACGACAUUGUCACGGCGGGUGCACCCGCUGCACACUUCCAGGGCUUCAAGAGCGGCGGUCUGCAGCGUCUCCUCAGCAGAUACGAAGCUGAGAAGAAAAGCUUCAGCACGGCCUACCAGUGUAUCUACUACUCGCCUGAGCACACGGCCAAAGCUCAGGAGGUUCUGAGCAGUGUGAGCCUCCUCCAGCCGCUCAUCAGCAGCUUAGCGGACCAACUAUUGUACGCCGCUCACGAGCAGUCCUCUCCCGGCCUGAGGGAGGCGCUCAAGAACCUCGCCGAUAAGACAGAGCAAUUUGUCCACACGCUCAAGGAUGAAUUGGUCAAGUGCGCCUUGUUGGCACUGCACACCGCCCAGCCCGGCUACGUGUCCAAGAACCAGAAGGGUGGCAACCGAGACCUGAGUCCCAUCCGGACGGUGUCGCCCUCGCUCCCUGGUGACGACGAGGCUCCAUCGUGCAACAACAUAGACGGGACACAGGGCCUGAGGCGAGGCGAAGACUCCAUCCCCCACCACAAAGAGUACGACGAGGAGGAAUGGGACAGGGUUUGGGCCAGCGUGGCCAAGCGUCUCAAUUGUGUCAUCGCCAUGGUGGACCAGCUGGCCGACCAGGACGAUCGCAGCAAGAAGGAGCGCGGCGGCGAGCAGCAACAACUCGCCGACGUCAUCACCUCACACAACCCUGCAGGUGACUGGCGGGAGCAGCUGUGCCCCCUAGUGGCCAGGUUGAAGGAGUGCGUGACACAGGUGGUGGACAAGGCCAAGAGAGCCGUCACCUUUGUGCUCCUGCAGGAAGCCGCCUGCAGCAUCCCGCAGGGAUUCCUGCUUCAGCAGAGGAGAGACGUCGUCUUCAGUCAGGCUUUGGCAGUGUUGGCGUGCGGUUUCGUCAUGCGCCUGUACGCAGGAAUUCAGGACAAAGGCUUCCUGAGGCAGCUCCACCUGGUCGGCCUGGUGGCCCAGUUUGAAAGCCUGCUCAGCACCUACAGUGAGUUCGCCAGUUUGGAACCGCAAAUAAGCCAAUUACAAUGCGAAGAGAUCGGCAUGCUGGAGGACAUGGAGGUGGGCGUGGCGGACCUCCAGAGGGUGGUGUUCAAGGUGACCCGGGCCCAGACGGAGCACCUCAGUGACCUUCAGCCUGUAGUGCGAGGCAGACGGAACCACUUCACUGUGGAGGUCCCACUGCCAGGCACCGCCUUCCAGAACAUGCCAGAGGAAAUCAAGGAAGGCCGACCUCUGCGCGUGUUUCCGGUACUCUUUAACGUGGGCGUCAACGAGCAGCAAACCCUUGCUGAAAGAUUUGGAGAUAUUUCCCUUCAGGAGAGGAUCAACCAGAAGAACUUUGAGACGCUGGAGUGUUAUUACAAAACACUGAGCGAAAAGGUGCCACGUGAAUGUCUACCGUGUUUUCAAAGCCAGACUGACAUCAAGGAACUACUUGAAACCCUGGGCCAGAAUGUAGUCACGAAGCGGAGGAAGAACGUCGAGAUUCUCUGGAGCGCCGCGGCGAUUUGCCGACGUCUGAACGGCAUCAGGUUCACCAGCUGCAAAAGUGCCAAAGACCGAACGUCCAUGUCCGUCACGCUGGAGCAGUGCGCCCUGCUGCGUGACGAACACCAGCUCAGCAAGGACUUCUUCAUUCGCGCGCUGGACUGUAUGCGAAGUCGGCUGUCCCACGCAGAGUUGGGGUGCUGGGAGGACCCCGAGGCGGGCGCGGCGGCGGAGAGCAAACCGACGUCGCGUCACUUUUACCCCAUCGCCCUGCUGCUCGUCAGCUCCCACCUGCUGGUCGUCUGGCUCAUUUUAAGUCUGGUUUUUCUGCUGGCAAAGUAUCAAUAAAGCGGCUGACAACUACCACGCCUUCACUCGCUGUCUUCUGCGUCUGUGCUCACCCUUAUUCUAACUCUUCUUACCACUCAAACACACACACCACUGAAUCGUGUUUUUCAGUAUAUUAUGUGGGAGCAUUUCAUGAGUGUCUGAGCAAAAAAAUUCACAGCAGUGUGUAUGAGUGAAAACAUUUUGAGCAGUGUGUGAGAGCAUUUCAGUAGUACAUGUGAGUGUUUGAGUAUUAUGUAUGAGAGAAGAUUAGAUACUCCACCUCGCAGUAGCAGCCCGGCUAACCGACGCGCCUACGUGGCGUAGCGGCCAUUUUACCAUGGGCGACGUUCCCAUUCAAGGCAAUGCAUGGACAUUGAAAUUAAGUUGUCACUUGCUCAUUUCUCGACUGAUUUUAAUGAGGUCUACUUUUUUUGUCGACUCCAAAGCGUGUGAUAUCAAUACAGAACAGAAAGGAGAAGAAAAAAAAGCCCCCCAAAAUAUUUUUAACUGUGAAAGGUUAUUCCCACUUGUUGUGAUUGUACGGUAUUGUGUGAAACCGUAUGCAACACAAUGUGCAGGCAUCCUUGUUCUUUCACGCUGACAGAUUUAGCUAAGCGUCGCCCUAGACAAAAGUAGCUCAAAAGUACUAAUGUUCAAUUUCUAUGCUGCUAUUGGCAUGUAACCAUGGCUAACUCUGGCCAAAACAAAUUUUUAGCUUACCUACAUUACCUUAGCGUAGCUUCAAUAGCAGUGAUGCUAUUGUUAGCAUUUGUUGAUUGGAGUCCAGUGACACUGCAAAAAAAAAACAAAUUUAAAAUACAACGAAGGAUAAAGCAAUCAUUUCCAUAGCCUAUAAUUUGACGUCCUUUUCCCAUCAAGCAGAGUUAACAGAAUCAGCGGCCUCCUAUUUCGGGAAAGUCAGUUUAAAGGUUUCAGAAGCCGAGCCACAUUGUAGGAGACAAUUAAUUUUUGAAGACGCGACAAACAAGGGCAGUGUUCUAAACACACUUGGUGUUUGGGAAAUGUGGGACAUUGGUGACACAAGUUUUCAUAACCAAAUUGGACUUUGUUCUUGUACAAUCAACUCAUGUUAGCGCCACACCCUCAAGAUCACGCGCUACACUACUUGACACUCGCUCUCUCACUGUGGACAAAGGAAAUAAUAUGACGUUACUCAAAAUAUUUAAUGAGCAUCUGAUGAAUGUAGGCGGCACGGUGAGCGACUGGUUAGCACAUCUGCCUCACAGUUCUGAGGACCGGGGUUCAAAUCCCGGCCCCGCCCGUGUGGAGUUUGCAUGUUCUCCCCGUGCCCACGUGUGUUUUCUCCGGGUACUCCGGUUUAGCUGGGAUAGGCUCCAGCACGCCCGCGAACCGAGUGAGGAUAAGCGGUACAGAAAAUGGAUGGAUGGAUGAUGAAUGUACAGGUAUUCAAUUUGAAAUGUUUUCAUUUUGCAGGACAAUUUCAGAAGAAAAUUAUUAAACAUUUUCCUAUGUAGUUUGGGGGAUUUUUCACCCCCCAAAACAUCUAUUAUCAUUAUAUUUUAUAGAGCCCUAUAUUAUUGUGUUACUUUAUAUUGUAUUUCGUUAACAGCUUCAUUUUUGUUAUAAAAUAAAUAUUAUAUAUGAAAAUUAUUGUUUUAGUUUA